AUGAACGUCGGAGGAGCACAAGGGGGCGGCGCGCCGCUGCAUCGGCCCCUUACGCCCCAGAAGGUGCACCAGCAGCAGCCCGCACACAUGUCUCUCAACCUCGGGGACUCCAUGGGCGCAGCAUCCCUCAUGAUGCCGACCAACUCCAACGCCCCUCGCCCCCUCCACAGCCUUCCCACCGCGUCAGCGCUCUUUUCCCCACACCCUCAACAACAACAACAGAUGGCCGUCGGUGGCUUUCCCAUGCAACAGCAGCAGUUCCCACCGCAGCAGCCGCAUCAACUCCAGCAGCAGCAACAGCACCAGCAGCAGCCCGGCCUCGUCAUGGGCCAACUGCAGCCGCAGCCGCAGCUCCAGCAGAUGCCGCCGCAGCAGCAGCAGCCCAUCGUGUACGCGACGCCCGUGGUCGGCAGCGGCAGCAAUGGAGGUAGCGCCAAGCCCGCCUCGAUGGGGUCGGGCGGCAUGCCCACGAGCUCCAAGCACAUGCCCGUCCUCGUGCCCGUCCCCAAGCACUCGGCGCACUCGCCCGCUCACCCCGCGCCGCAGCAAGUGCAGCCGCAGCAGACGAUGCCCGGCAUGAAUGCUGCGCUCUGGCAGGCUCAGCAACAGCAGCAGCAGCAACAGCAGCAGCUCCAACAGCAACAGCUUCAGAAGCAGCAACAGCUCCAACAACAGCAACAGCUACACCAGCAGCAACAGCAGCUCCAGCAGAUGCAGCUGCAAAUGCAGCUCCAGCACUCGCAGCAAAUGCAACUCCAGCACUCGCAGCAAAUGCAGAUUCCUCAACAACUGCAGGCGCCGCUAAGCGGCCAGCAACAGCUACAACAGCAUCUUCAACAGCAGCAGCUCCAGCUUCAGCAGCAGCAGCAGCAUCAGCUUCAGCAGCAGGCCAUCAACCAGCAGCAGCAGGCCGCCCUGCACGAGGCCAAGGCGCGCGAGGCCGAGCUGGCGGCCAAGGCGGCGGCCGAGGAGAAGCACAAGGCCGAGCAGCAGGCCCGCGAAAAGAUGGCCCAGGAGAAGAUGGAGCAGGAGCGGAUGCGCCUCGCCAAGCUCCACGCCGACCACCAGAAGCAACUGCAGCGCGAGCAGGAGGAGGAACGGCGAAAGCGGGAGGCCCUCGAGGCCGAGAAGGCCCGUCUGCGCGCCGAGAAGGAGCAGGAGAAGCUCCAGGCCCAGCAGCAGAUGAUGCGCAAGAUGGAGGAGGAGGCGCGUCAGGCGGCGGCCAAGCGCGAGCAGGAGCAGGCACGCCUGGAGGCCGAGCGACAGGCGGCCGUGGCGCAGAUGCAGGCGCAGCUGGUGGCCGCCCAGCAGCAGCAGCUCCAGCUCCACCACGCCGAACAGCAGCGCAUCGAGGCCCAGGCCGCCGCCAUCGCCCAGGCAAGUCACGCGGCGCAGGCCCAGGCGGCGCAGCGCGCGGCGCAACUCGAGCGCGAGCGUCAGCACUCCGAACAGGAGUUCCAGCGACAGCGCGCGCUUCACGCGCAGGGCGAGCAGGAGACCGCGCGACAGCUCGAGGCCGAGCGUGCCAAGAUCUUGGAGGCGCAGAAGCGCGCCGAGGAGGAGGUCCGCGCCCGCGCCGAGGAACUCGAGCGACAGAAGGCCCAGAUGGAACUCUGGUAUCGCCAAAGUGCGCAUGAGAUGGCGCAGGUCGAGAAGAAGCGCAUCCAGGAGGAGCUCGAGUCGCAGAAGCAGGCGAUGGAGUGGGAGCGGCAGAAGAUGGAGGCCGAGCUCCAGCGCCGACGACUGGAGGAGGAGUCCCAGCUCACCGCCAAGGCCCAUCUCAUCGAGAAGCUGCGCCUCGAGGAGGAGGCCAAGGAGCUCGAGCGCCAGCGCCAGCAGGCCGAGCAACUCGUCCAGAUGGAGCAGCAGCGCAAGAUGCUCGAAAUGGAGGCCAUCGAACGACAGCGUCAGCGGGAGGAGCAGGAGCUCACGCUGGAGAAGCUGCGGAUGGCGGAGCAGGCGGUGCGCGAGCGCGAGCGCAAGAUCGAGGAGGAGGCGCGCCGACAGCACAUGGAGCGCGCGGCGCGCGAGGAGGAGAUCCGCCAGCGCGAGGAGCAGAUCAAGGCCGAGAUGGCCUGGCGCGAGCAGGAGCGCCUGCGCCACAUCCACGCCGAGAUCGAGGAGCAGCGGCGGCGCAUGGAGGCCGAGCGCAAGCAGCAGGAGUACGCCCUGGCCAUGGCCCGCAACGAGCACGUCAAGCGCGAGGAGGAGCGCAAGCGGCUCGAGAUGGAGGAGCUCGUGCGCAAGGAGCAGCUCAUCAUCGAGCGUGAGCGGCUGCAGGAGGAGAUCAGGCUGCAGCAGGAGGAGCUCAAGCGGGUGCGCGACGCCGCGGCCCGUGAGAAGGAGCAGAUCCAGCGCGAGCUCGCCGAGCAGAAGCAGCGCGAGCGCCAGCGCGCCGAGGCCAUGAUCCAGCACCCGCAGCAGCGGCCGCCCGUCUCCCCGCCCAACUCGUCGGGCUACGGCGUCUUCGCCUCCGGCAACGCCCAGACCAACCCGCCCCGGCCCAUCCAGUGGCCCGGCGCCGCCCCGCCCGCCCCGCGCAGCACCGGUGGCGGCGGCGGCCAGCACGGCUUCUCGGUCGCGCCCACCGACGAGGCCCUGCCCACGCCCGUGCCCCUGCCCGUCGAUUUCCAGUCAAUGCCGGCUCUGCCGGCCCGGCCCGCCGCCGUGUCGACACAAUUACCUGCCCUGCCGCCGCAGCCACUGACGGGACCCGACGCCGCGCUGUCGCCGCGCAGCUGGGAGGCCAAGGAGCUGUCGCGCCGCGAGAAGAAGGAGGCCAAGAAGCUGCGCAAGAAGGAGGAGGAGGAGCGGAAGCGCGAGAAGAAGAAGGAGAAGCGCGAGAAGAAGAGCAGCAAGGCCGCCAAGAAGAGUGGCGGCGGCGGCGGCAGCAGCAACGCCAAGAUCUCCGCCAUGGCCUCCCUCUCCAUGCCCCACACCCCGGCCCAGCCCGCCACCAUGCCCGUGCAGCACCAGCACCAGCCGCCCGCCGCGCACGUUGCGCCGACGCCGCCCAAGUCGGCCGGCCACAGCGACAGCGCGACGCAGAACAACGUCAGCCUGGCGUCGGCGGCGUCGACGCUGGAGACGCCGAAGGAGCGGGCCAACUUCUUCGAGAUGAGCAAGAGCAAGGACAUCCAGCUCAACGACGACGAGGCGCUCAAGGCCGGCGGCGGCAAGAAGCGCAACCUCUUCAAGAAGUCGAACAAGGGCAGCAAGACCGAGGCCAUCUCGCGCACCCAGAGCGGCCUCAAGCUCGACUCGAAGCCCUACCUCUCCAUCUGGCUGCCUGGUGCGGACACGCUCUCGGCGCCGCGCAUUCACAAGCUCAAGAAGAAGAAGCUCUUCGUCGGCAGCGACACUUCGUGCCACAUCUGCGUACCCGACGAGAACUGCGCCAAGCGUCAGGCCCUCAUCUAUUCCGACAACGGAGUGAUCAUGAUUCGGGAUCUGGACGCGAGCAAGGGCUCGACCAAGGUCAACGGGCAGGCCGUCCCCGAGAAGGGCACCGUCCUCCGCCCCGGCGACGUGCUCGCCAUCGGCAAGACCAAGAUCGUCGUCUGCAACGAUCGUGUGGACAAGCCCAACAAGUUCCUGCCUGAGGACCACUCGGCGACCGUGUCGCCGCCGGGCUCGUUCUCCAGCGGCAUGCCCUUCACGGCCUCCACCAAUAAUGGCGUCCCCUCGGGCCUCGCCGGCCAAUCGGCGCCGGCCCUCUUCUUCGGCGGCGGCAGCAGCAGCGGCAACAGCGGCGGCAUGGCCAGCGUACUGACCCCGCCGCCCACCCUCACCACGCCCGGCGGUGCGUCCAUCCACCACUCGACGCCCGCCGGCCUUCAUCACUAUCAGCCGUCGCCGCCGCCGGUCGGCUACGCGGGCGUGGCCGAUGUCGGCCGCACCGGCGCCCAGUCGCCCGCGCCGACGACCGAGCAGUGGAACGACGACGACCUCGACGCCGUCGAACACGAGCAGGAGCGAGAAGACGAAUACGAUGAAGAGGAGGAGGCGGACGGCGGCGCCUACGGUGCGUCGGCCGACGCGGUCGACGAUAACGGCGGCGAUGACUAUGGGACGUGGGGCGAGGAGCACAGCGGCAGGCGGCGGGGCUCGUCGAUCCGCAAGGAGGAGAUCGAUUCGCUGGCUGCCACGCUCAAGGGCCUCGGGCUGGCGACGGCGGGCGCCGCCGACGUGGCCACCACAGCCGACGCCACGGUGGACGACACCGACUACCAGGUGAGCAGCACCUCGAGUCUGCCCGCCUCCGCUGUCCCCUCCUAG